UAUUCUCUGACUGAGAGGAAGUAAGCCUUUAGAUUUGUCCAAUGAAGAUCUUGUCGAACCUGUUACCGGAAGGCAAACGCAUAUAUUUUUUUGACACGAGCUUCAGUGUAGGGCACACAUACACUUGGUGGGGAGGACGUAGAGUCUGCUGAACCUUGAUAAAGACCUUGAUAUUUGGAGCUGACAUCUUUGUGGACUGCCUCGAUUUUCACACGGGCACUUGUGCUUUAUCGGUUCACUUCACUGGUUUAAAGAGUGUUGGGUAACUUCUCGGCAAAGCGAGACCCACAGCGAGACUGCUUCACAUUCCUCCUGGGGGGUUCCAGCCACAGAGCAGGGAGUGAAUCCCAUUCCUGUAGAAUCUGACUAAUUGGAUUAACCCCCCCACCACCCCCUAGUCUCGGUGGUGUCGGUGUGGGAUGAGAGUUGGGGAUUAUGAUGGGAACGGAAGCCCUGCUGUAGGCAGAGGAGGAACGGUUGUGUGUGUGAGUGGGGGGGCUUGGAGUGAACUGCCCCCAUUGCGGUGUGUGAUCUCAGGGCGAUAAGGACGAUCCUCGAUAACAAGGGAAUGAAUGUUGACUCGAGGUGGUCACCGGAUGAAGGAACCUGGGUCCAAAGCUCCUUUCGAGUAGAGCAAGCACCUCAUCUACUUCGCUAGAUUCGGACGGAAAAUCCUUCUGGCCUCUAAGGCAAUUAAAUGCCAUUCUAACGUGUGACUUUAAGUGGGAAUGUUUUAGCACAUCUCCCUGAUCGAAAGUAUGAUGUUCACUGAGAAAACUAGCACUGCUGUACCCCAGAAGCCUGGGCAGAAGAAGACAAGACCUCAGGGUCUUCCAUCUCCAGCUCUUUGUUGUGCUUGUGGCCUCUGUAUCAUGUUGGCAGGGAUAAACAUUACUCUCGUGGGAGCUUUUGCAUUUGGUACCUUCUUGCCAGUGGACAAUCCCCCCAUUAUUAUUGGGCCCAUCUUGCUGGUGGUUGCCUUCACCUUCUUUGCAGCCUGCUGCAUCUGCAGUCGGAGACCGCCAGCCCACGGCCAAAGGAAGUCCAAACCUGGCUCCAAUAUUGGCAUCAUCAAACCAGGUCAUGCCACAUUUGAGAUUGAGACUAGUGAGCACACAGUGCAAGACACAACUGCAGUCCAGCUCAGCCCCACAAACUCAGUGUCUUCUAAGAAAUCCACACCAGUCCAUGAAAACUCAAAGACAUGCAAACUCUUUACAAUGGACGGCAACAACCCUGGAGCCAAGUAUACAGCUGGCGCUGAGGCGAUACAAUUGAACCUACCCCGGGACUUGGGGUCAUCGUCAUAGAACUGGCCUGAGCUCUGAGUGCAAAACUACCCUUGCUGUACGAUGUCAUGGCUAAGUCUCUUGAACCUUCCAUCAGCAGAAACUGGUGUUUAAGUUUGAACAACCUACGCUGCAGACCGUAUCGACCUACAGUCAUCUUCAUUUUUACAACUUAUUUUAUUUGAACAGUGACAGUUUUAGUCUCCUGCUGUUUUCUGAGAGUGAAAUGCACACAAACAAGAAGCGAUUCAGUAAAAAUGUUUGUUAUUGAGCAGAACUUUGAAAUUUGAAAAUGAAAACAAAAGCACCAUCUGACUAACUUCACCAAGUCCCAAAUCAUGAGACUGUCAGGAGCAUCUUUGCAAAUUACAAGUGAUCUGGUGAAAAGGUCUAAUUGAUUGCUUGAGCAAUGUAUGUACCAUAAACUAUGUACGCCAAAAGUACAAAUUUUUGGUACCAGAUGUGCAUUUUUCUAUUCCUACCCCCCCAAAAAUGAUUUGGGACAAGUACUGGAACUGUUUAUUUUAAGUCAGAUAUGACUCAUCGAAAAAAAAUUGUAGGAUUAACUUUGUAGACAGAGAUACAUAUUUUGGCAAAACCCACUUCCCCUUGUAUGCCUCAGUACUCAUUUGAUCCCCUUCAUUGGUUUAUGCAUUGCAUACAUGCUCCCAUAGCGCUGAAGUGAUUAAACCAUCGGAGCAAGGAAGCAAAUAUUAAGGGCAGGAGCAAUGUGACAAUACAUUUGCUUCAUUCAUUUCUCCACCUUAUUAGCUUCAUUGGCAUAAUAAAAGCAGUCAAUUCGUUAAAGGAGGAAUCCUGAGAGAAUGAGAACUGUCCCAUGUCUUUGAUUGUCCACAGUAAUACUGUGAUAUAAACAAUGCUUCAAAAUAAUCGGAAAGGAAGAGAAAGAGAAGUAUGAGGCAUCAGCCAUUGCCAAUCAGCUUUUAAUUGCUAAUUAUUAAUUAUGUAUUUAUUAUUGAAGGGAUUGGGGUGGUUGUGAAAGUGUUGGGAAGUUUUGUUUUGUUUAGUUAACUACUUCUGUAGGCAAUCUUUCCAAUCUUGUCAUUGUAUAAGACAUAUCGAUCCAUUGUAUUCAUCAACACAGAAACAAUUUCAAAUAAAUGUUUUAUUGCAUCUGUAAA